AUGACUAUAUCAUUAAGAAGCAUUGAAGAAAGAAACCUGACUGAAGGGAAUCAAAACUUAGAUAGUUCUACUAGCAAACGAAGUGAUCCGCACAUACUAUUAAAUCUUUCUGAAUUACCUAAUGAACAGCCUGCUGGCACAGAACUUAAAUUAAGCUUUAGAGUUGAUGAAGUACUAAACAAGAUUAAAGUAGACGAAUUUGACUGCAAAAAUAUAAUGACCUUGAAUGCUUCCAUGGAAAAGCAUUUUAUUGCAGCAGAGCGGCUGAGAAAUUCAAUAUAUUUCUCAAAUAAAAUUCCACAUGAGACAAAGGAAUAUCUAAGCAUUAUAGCAUACGAUUUAGCACUGAAAUCACUUAGAUCAAACUCUAUCCUAGCCCAAUUAUAUAAUAUAUUAACAGCCCAUAGUAUAACAAAAGAGGAGGAAGAAUACAUAAAGGUGCACAUGACCGAGCUCUUUAUUGAAGAUGUUCAUACAAAAGAAAGCAUGCCUACCUUGAAGAAUCUACUUUUACAAAAGAUAAACACUAUUUAUCCAUAUUUUUCUAGUAUCACAGAUACACUAAUGCCUGACUUUCUUAGGAUGCACGCAAUCUACACAGAGCUAGCAGUAAACACAGAAUUACUCCGCGAAAAGAAUACUUUAUCCGCAGAUCUGAAUAUAAUCAUAGCAGCCGAUAAAUUAUUCAAUAGUAAGCCAAGCCUGAAAAACGGUAUAAAUCGGCAUACCAGCGAUGAUGACAUAGAUAGCCUGUUCCCAGAGUAUUGGGAGCGAAUAUAUAACUCACCAGGCUAUGAGUUUACAGAGGAUAAUAUGUAUGACCUAGAAACCAAUUCAACGGCAUUGGCUGAGUAUUGUGUGAACUAUGCUGCAAAUAAUCCCGACCAUUUAAACAAAAUGGCAACUGCCUUGUUGAAUAGCUCAAAUGAACCAGCAGUGAAGAAGCAUAUAUUUGAUAUUCAUAAACAAGUUGAUUUAAGUCUGAUUAGAGCCCUGCAUCGGCAUAAAAAAGCAAUUUUCAACGGGAAUACUGUUUUAGUUAGUAUUAUUGAUGCUAUUCAUUCCCUUCUGCACUAUUCAGUGAAUGAAGUAAUAAUGAAGGAAAAAAAUAAUAGCACAUUUAAAUGUGAGUAUGCCAGGUAUAACGAAAAGAUAACCACUGGAUUAUACAACUACUUAUAUAAUUUAGAAUCAAUCCUUAAAACUAUCUAUGCAAGCGACUUGCCAAAAAGAGCCCUGGAUAACUCUAACCACAUACGCAGACUACAAGAAAUCACAGAGCAAUGCUUGAAAAUGCUAAAAGACAGUUCUGCAGAGCUCUUAGAAGAGAUAUAUUCUGCGGGGCACAGGAUGACUUCAGAGGAAAUGGAAGAAAUAGAAGACAAUUAUACGUACUAUCCUGGCUUAAUAAGAGAUCUAAUAGCAAUAGUAGACAGAGAGCUGGAAACUCUGAGCAAGGCACAAAUAAAAUACAUAGCCCGAACAGUUAAUCCCUAUACAAUGGCCUUAGAAAAAUCAAUGGAAAGAUCAAUAGACUCUUUAAGUAAAAAUGAGCAGAUUCCAAAGGAGAGCGCGAAUAAUGCAGGAACAAGUAUAUUUAGAUCAGUUAGUCUAGGAGGUUUGGGGGCUUUGUCGCUUCUAAUUUCAACUGUGAGUCUAAUAAAUAUAACAAAAACAAAUUGA